CUCUGGAUGGGACCAGAAGUUUCUAGCCGGCCAGUUGCUGCCUUCCCCUUAUCUCCUCCUUCCCCUUUGGCGGCGAGGAGGCUAUUUCCAGACACUUCCACCCCUCUUCGGCCACGUCACCUAGUCCUUUAAUUCAUAAAGGUGCCCGACGCCGGCUUCCCGGACACAUCGGCGACGCAGAAGUGCCCGCACUCCACGACCUCGUGACCUGCGCCCCAGCUCCGCGCCCCGGGCGGACCCCAACCCAGCAUGAGCGCCGCCACCCAGUCACCCGUGAUGCAGAUGGCGUCUGGCAACGGAGCCAGCGACCGAGACCCCCUGCCCCCGGGCUGGGAGAUCAAAAUCGACCCGCAGACCGGCUGGCCCUUCUUCGUGGACCACAACAGCCGCACGACGACGUGGAACGACCCUCGCGUGCCCCCCGAGGGCCCCAAGGAAACCACAUCCUCUGCCAAUGGUCCUUCCCAAGAAGGCUCCAGGCUGCUGCCCGCUAGGGAAGGCCACCCAGUAUACCCCCAGCUCCGACCAGGCUACAUUCCCAUUCCUGUCCUCCAUGAAGGCUCUGAAAACCGGCAGCCACACCUUUUCCAUGCCUACGCCCCACCUGGGGUGCAGCGGUUUCGGACCGAGGCAGCAGCGGCUGCCCCGCAGAGGUCCCAAUCUCCUUUGCGUGGAGGCAUGACAGAAGCCACCCAGCCAGAUAAACAGUCCGGACAGGCACCAGCAGCUGCAGCAGCUCAGCCCCCGGCUGCCCAUGGACCUGAGCGUUCUCAGUCGCCAGCAGCCUCUGACUGCUCGUCCUCGUCGUCCUCAGCUAGCCUGCCCUCCUCUGGCAGGAGCAGUCUUGGUAGCCACCAGCUGCCCCGGGGCUACAUACCCAUUCCCGUGAUACACGAGCAGAACGUCACCCGGCCGGCAGCCCAGCCCUCCUACCACCAAGCCCAGAAGACCCACUACCCAGCCCAACAGGGUGAAUACCAGACCCACCAGCCUGUGUACCACAAGAUUCAGGGGGACGACUGGGAGCCCCGGCCACACCGGGCAGCCUCUCCAUUCAGGUCACCUGUCAGAGGCGCGUCCAGCCGGGAGGGCUCUCCAGCCAGAAGCGGCACACCGGUUCACUCCCCCUCGCCCAUCCGUGUGCACACCGUGGUUGACAGGCCUCAGCAGCCCAUGACCCAUCGAGAACCUUCACCUGUCACCCAACCUGAAAACAAACCAGAAAGUAAGCCAAGCCCAGCUGGACCAGAUCUCCCUCCUGGCCACAUCCCCAUUCAAGUGAUCCGCAAGGAGGCAGACUCUAAGCCUGUUUCCCAGAAGCCACCUCCUCCUGCUGAGAAAGUAGAAGUAAAGGUCUCUGCCCCAAUUCCUUGUCCUUCUCCGGGCCCUGUCCCUUCAGCUGUCCCUACUUCCCCCAAGAAUGUGCCUGCAGAACAGAAGGCCUCCCCCAGCCCGGCCCCUGCAGAAGCUGCACCCCCUAAAUUAGGGGAAGCUGAAUCCCUUCCGAAGCAUCCAGGCGUGCUGAAGGUGGAAGCCAUCCUGGAGAAGGUGCAAGGCCUGGAGCAGGCCGUAGACAACUUUGAAGGCAAGAAGACUGAUAAAAAAUACCUGAUGAUCGAAGAGUAUUUGACCAAAGAGCUACUGGCCCUGGAUUCCGUAGACCCCGAAGGACGAGCUGAUGUCCGGCAGGCCAGGAGAGAUGGCGUCAGGAAGGUUCAGACCAUCUUGGAAAAACUGGAGCAGAAAGCAAUCGACGUCCCGGGUCAAGUGCAAGUCUAUGAACUCCAGCCCAGCAAUCUUGAGUCCGAGCAGCCGCUGCAGGAAAUCAUGGGCGUGAGUGCCACAGCAGCAGACAAGGGGAAGAAAGGUCCUGAAAAUGAAGAUCCACAAACUGAAGGUCAACAGCCGGAAGCCAAAGCGGCCGCACCUCCAAAUCCCAGCAACACAGCCGACUCGGCUGGCGACCCGGCUGCUCCCUAGCGUCCCGUUGGCGCAUCAGGACUGACUGACAGUGUGCUGUAGAGACUUAAGUUGCAUGCACUGUGGGACUUGCUUUCAGUUGGUUCUCAUUAUUCAUAGCCACUUGGUAUGCAGUAAUUAGCGGUGGAGGUAAAGCCACUAACAAAGGGUUGGUUGUUUGGUUUUUUUUUUUUUUUUCCCUGUAUUAUCUGUACAAAUAAAGAAGUUGCCUGUUUCAGAAGUCUAGCCCCUCUGCUUGUUUUGGGGGGCCUUUCUGAGCAUGGGUACAAUGAGUGAGCCAUGGCUUUGAGCUCUCUUCCUGUAGCUCUGGACUGAAGGCGUUUGGGGUUGGGGGGUUAGGCAGAGAGUUACAGGAAUAUGAAACCCGUUUUUGAGACAUGUUGCCCUUUUGAUGGGAUAAUCUUCAUCUCAUUACUGAAAUAACUAACUUUAGCUAGAAUGAGAUGUGCAAGGCGACAUAGGAAUAUCUAUACGUUGGAAUGGCUUUAAUGUUAGAUUGGGGGGGAGGAAAAUAAAGUGAUUAUAUAACUCUCAA